UGCAUGUAUUUUACGUAUAAUAUUCCUUGGUGCCCCACGGGUUUUCAAAUAAAUUAAGAAUCCUCACUUACCUACCCCUUCCCUGAAAUCUAACACGUUCCUAAUACACUUUUAAUAAUGCUCAAUUGUAUUUCCUUAGGAAAGCCUGUGAAAGAAUUGUUGAGAUUAAAAAUCAUAAAUUCGAAUGGGCUUUAUCGAUCGUCCAAUCAACUAGAAAAUUUCACAGGUCCGUCUUUGACAACAGUGCCAACUUUGAAUAAUAAUAAUACCAAAAACAAUAAAGUGAAGGAUAAGGAUGCAGAUUAUAUUAAUUUGGAACAAAACCAGAAGCUAGCAGAAAUUGAAAUGAUCAUGAAAGAUGAAUAUGACGAUUCACCGCAGAAUUCUUUUGAUUUUAUACUACCAGAUUACCCAAAAGUCUAUGAAGAUGUCGAUCAAAGUUCACCAACAUUCGAUUCAACAAACUAUACAUAUAAAAAUUCAUCAACACCCACUGCAAAAUUCUCUUCAAAAGAUCUAAUCUUACUUUACUGCCAGCACUGCAACUGCACAUUUAAAAAGCAACACAACGUAAAGCAAAACGAAUGCGAAAGAUGCGAGAGAGCUCUUCAGUAUCAAUGCGUCAACUGCGACAAACGUUACAAUCACCAACGAAGUGCGAUAUCUCACGUAAAAUUGGAAUGUCGAAAUCGUUUGGGUUUUGGUUGCGUACUUUGCGAUUUUCGAACGAAUCAUCGAAAAGGACUUGUGGCGCACAUCGAGAACGCUCAUGCAGCUUAUGAUCCUAACAAAGCUGUCAGUUGCGAUCAGUGUAAAAAAGUCUACAAGAAUUAUAAGAAUUUGAGAAAACAUCAGUUGAUCGACUGUGGCAAGAUGCCAACUCUACAGUGUGAUCAUUGCCACUACAAAAGUAAUUACAAGAGCAGGAUCAGAGAGCAUAUCAAGUGUAGACAUAUGUUGGAAUUUCAUGAGUUUCACAAAUGUUCGAAAUGCGGCAAGAGAUACAAGACUACCAGUUAUUUCAGAAAGCACGAAGCUUUUCUCUGCAAAAAGAUUGCCAAUGUCGCUUGAAAUACCAAAAUUAUUUAGUCGAGAUGUAACUUUAUUUGAUCAUUGAUAGCAUUUUAUCAAUGUUAUUUUAAUUCAUGAAGAUUUUAUUUGUUAGUUUUGAUGGUUACUUUUGUUGUCAAUAAAUGCU